AUCGCGUCUGUUGAACUGAAGCUUGAUACUCGUCGAGUUUGAAGAGAAAAUCGGAGAAAGAUGCCGCAGAAGAUGCUGCACUGUGUCGUGGGGCAACUCGCCUAUACCAUGACGUGUCUGGUUCAGCGAGGUCCUCGAAGUCAGCAACAACCUUCAUCAGCAUCACCUGUUGGACAGUUAAUGCGGAAUUUCUUCUCCUGACGUGGCUUCCAAAUUGAGUCCCUGACUUGCAGGGCCGCCAGAGGUUUCAGCUUGAGCACGGAAAGGAGUUUUGUUUUGGUGUGAACAAUGAACAGUACCGCUGUGAGAUGGGCUACUGUUGUGGAGAGACCGAGUGCUGCACCUACUAUUACGAGCUGUGGUGGUUCUGGUUGGUGUGGACGCUCAUCAUCAUGCUGAGCUGCUGCUGCGCGUACAGACACCGGCGUGUAAAGAUGCGUCUGCAGCAGGAGCAGAGACAGCGUGAGAUCAGUCUCAUGGCGUAUCAGGGUGCCUCCAGCUCCUUCAUCACUCCUCCACCUCUGAACCUGCGGUUCUGGAGCGACUGCAAGCUGCCCGACUAUGAGGAGGUUGUAGGUCACCCCCCGACCCCGCCUCCACCCUACUCUGAGAUGCCCCCAGAUGCCCUGCUCCCCAGUGGGCAAUCAGAGGAAGCGGUGGUUCUCGAGUCACCCGUGGAGGAGACAGCCCAUGAUUGGUCUGAUCGGGAUGUGGUGGCCGCCGUGGAGGAGUCCGACGAACUGAACACGCGGCGCCGACACGUGACUGGUGACUCGGGCAUUGAGGUGUGCGUGUGCCAACUGGACGUAGACGAGGAGGUGGGUCGUGUGUGCCAGGGACCAGGCAAUGCGUGCUGCUCCGGGCGACCGACACUCGUGGAUAAAGAACUGUCGCCUGAUGACACCAGCGCUGCAGACUGACUCGUGAUCUGAUUCUUGCAAUAAAUCCUGCGAAUAAUGGAGCACAAAGGUCAUAAACACAAAGAAGGGGAACUUGAUUUUUGAUAUUGAUCAACAGCUUGAGCUCAUAUUUCUGCCGUUUGUUUUUGUGGUGUUUUUCUGCCACACACUGAUGAAAUGAACUAGAGAGGAGUGUUUGUUUGUCACACAGCUGCACCAUGACAUCAUCCCCAGAGUGACGGUCACAUGUGCAGCUCGUCCCAGAGGAACGACACACGCACACAUUUCAGCAGGGUGUUAAAGAUGACAUCGGCAGCAGUUUAGAGGUUAUAAUGGGGGCAUGAAUUUGUAUGUACUCAGAGUGACCCGUGUAAUGUAUGAAUCUAUAAAAUCCCCAUGAGUCUCUGCUUUGAUAAACACGCAUGAUCAUUUCAUCACUAUCAUUAAAGGAACAGUGCAUACAAAGAUUAUCUUUCUCCCAUCAUUUACUCGCCCUUAUGAUGUCUCACUUGUAUGACUUCUUCUGCAGAACACAAAGAUAUUUAGAUAGUUCAUACAAUGUCAACCGAGCUCCAAAAAGCACAUGAAGGCAUCAUAAAGGUAAUCAAGUGGUUUAAUCCAUGUCUUCUGAUAAGAUACGGUUAGUUUUGGGUGAGAAAGGGCCUUUUUUACUAUAAAUCUUGACUUCUGCAGUCUCCUUGAUGAAAUCAUGAUUUGAAGCUUGAUAACACUUCCUCGUGCUUGACACAUGUGCAGAACACUGUACACGCUUCCGAAGAAAGGGAUUAAAUCACUGGAUUACUUUUGAUGCCUUGAAAGACCCCAUUGACAAAACCACCUCAUACUUCCAGAAAGAAAGUCAUAUGAGUUUGAGACAUCAGAAAGUUGAGUAAUUGAUGAGAAUUGUUCAUUUUUUGGGUGAAAUAUUGCUUUGUGUCUCUCGACGUGCUGCUGCAGUUGUACAGCUGAUUUGAAAGAUUUUAGUGGCCUUGUGUUUUACACUGUUCAUGUGAUCUGACUGAAAUGUGUGACACGUUUUGUUUCAGGAGCAGAGACGCUUUGAGUUUCAUGGAGAUGAGCGUCUCAGUGUCACAUCAAUCUAAUACUUCUCUUCUAGAUAAAACACUGAGUGGUGGCGUGUUUAAAUAAAUGUUAAAGCUGUGUGUGUGGGAAUAUUUGCCUUCUUGAGAUUGCCAGAUGGGCUCAUUCAAAGGUUUCUGCUGAUGCUCAGACCACAAUACCAGAUGAUCACAGGAUGCUUUUCAUGAAAACAAAAGAACAAGAAUGAUUGUUUUCAGCCCUUCCCUGUACACUGAGUGUGUGUCCUACAGGUUUAUACUGUAGAAUUGUGGAGUUUGUGUAGUGAUUCUUACAAAACCUGCCAAGAAAAUAUUUAACCCCAAAACAGCUUCAUAUGUACAGAAAUCAUAUGUUUAGGACCAUUGAGAUUUGUUGCACCAUUGACCACGCAAUUCUCAUUACUGAAAUGAAUCUGAUGUUUUACUUUUACAGUUCCCAUUGUUUUGAUUCUCAUUACAGUUAAAAGUUCACAUGAUUGAACUGGAAACAAAGUUUCUCAGUCAGGACUGCAAUGAGUUUCGCUGGAGGUGCUAGAAUAAUCCCAUGCUUCCCUCUUCCAAACAAACUGACUUCUAUCAUAUGUGCCAGUUUAAAUACCAGCUGUUUUAGCGCUCAAGCGCCGUCUAGUGAUGAGUAUGAUACACAAAUACAAGAGUAACAGCUAAGACUGUUCCAACCUGUUGCCACAAUUAUUCUUUUUUUAAUCAGUGAAAAAUGAAAAGCAUUAACAAGAGAGUGCUAUUAUAAUAUUGAAAUCCAUUUUAAAUGUGCACAACUGUCAUGAAAACCAUGUCACACUGAGCAAAAUCCUACAAUUUUGGUACUAAAAUAGGUCUCAUUAUCUAUUUGAAAACAUAAUUCAUUUCUUCUGUUUGUGGAGUAAAAUAUGACCAGGACAUUUUCAUAGUUCAUAGUUGCAUGAUGUUUGUAUAUCCGUGUAUGAACAUUAAUUUUAUUUCAUGUUUGAGGUUGAAAUGACAUGAACACAUUUACCAGCAUUAAAGAGCUUCAAACACACACACACACACACACAGAGAAGAUGUUUCAUGGUGUUUCACACGUGUCAUUAUUUCAGCAUCAUGAACGUCUCGUGUUUAUUUCCUGUGUGUUGCACUGAAUCGUGUCAUCUCUACAGAUUACUCACUGUUGUACUCCUGGAAUUUCUUUGACCCGUCCACAAUUUACACAAAGUUUACAGAUUCUGUGCCUUUCCCAGGGAAAAACUACACAAACCAACUGACUAGACUAUGCAAACAACAUCUGAUGUGUACCGCAGUACCGAUCUCGAUAUCUUGUGCCAUGUCUGCUCAUCUCAUUUUUGUGUAAAACUAGCAAACCGUUUAUUGCUAUUAUAGACAUUUAUUUCUUCAGUUUAGACUCAUUAAUGGUAUUUUUGAAGCCAUGAUGAUUUGUUUCAUGUUUGUUAUUUUCAGUACUAACUGAAUUAUUACUCGCUCAUAAACGCCUCAGUAUGUGUCACAUAAUAUCAAUAAAUGACCAGAUGUAAAAUGUGAGGAUUUGGACAUGAUUAUUUACGCUGGUUGAUGCAGUUUCUCUGAUACAUGAAGACGUUGAGCUUCUCAAAUGUGUUUAAUAAAUCAUAUUUAAUGUCACUCAUGUACACGUCUGUAAACCUGUUUUUACUCCAUGAUUUUUUAGGCUCAUCAUUGCUCUGCUAAUCUGUGUUUCAUUUACUCUGACAGUGGCUUUAUUUGGAUGAGGUGAUGAUGUGCUUGACUGAUUUCAGUGUGUGUGGCGAGACCAUUCAUAUGUUUGAUUUCCUGUGAUGCAGAAGGGAAGAUGCGAGCACUGAGAGGUGUUUUUUACUCCAUCCAUCCAUCCAUCUUCAACUGCUUAUCCGAAGUCGGGUCGCGGGGGCAGCUGCUCCAGCAGGGGGCCCCAAACUUCCCUAUCCCGAGCCACAUUAACCAGCUCUGACUGGGGGACCCCGAGGCGUUCCCAGGCCAGUUAGGAGAUGUAAUCUCUCCACCUAAUCCUGGGUCUUCCCCGAGGCCUCCCAGCUGGACGUGCCUGAAACACCUCCCUAGGGAGAUGUCCAAACCACCUCAACUGACUACUUUCGACGCAAAGGAGCAGCGGCUCUACUCCGAGCUCCUCACGGAUGACUGAGCUCCUCACCCUAUCUCUAAGGGAGAAGCCCGCCACCCUUCUGAGGAAGCCCAUUUCGGCCGCUUGUACGCGCGACCUAGUUCUUUCGGUCAUGACCCAGCCUUCAUGACCAUAGGUGAGGGUAGGAACAAAAAUUGACCGGUAGAUCAAGAGCUUUGCCUUCCGGCUCAGCUCUCUUUUCGUGACAACGGUGCGAUAGAGCGAGUGCAAUACCACCCCCGCUGCCCCGAUUCUCCAGCCAACCUCCCGCUCCAUUGUCCCCUCACUCGUGAACAAGACCCCGAGGUACUUGAACUCCUCCACUUGGGGCAAUACCUCCUUCCCUACCUGGAGUACGCACUCCAUCGGUUUUUACUGUCAGGUUUAUUUAGUGAGUUAUUUAGUGCUGUGUUACUCUAUAGUCAUUUGUAUUUUAUUUUUGUAAUAAAAAAUAA